AUGAGCGUUCCAUCGCCUAGUAAUAGUAUAGAUGAUAAGGUCCUGCAGACCCUGGAGCACAUCCAUUAUGAUGGUGCUGCUAGAAGGGAAAGACGCUUGAAAAAAAGAUUGGGCGAGUAUUUUGUCAUUGCCUGUGCUGGUUUCGCUUUGAUCUCCGAUGGUUACCAGAACAACGUCAUGACCAUGUUGAACACGGUCUUUUCGAUCUUGUACAAGAAGGAAUACACCAAUGACAUGAAGACAGCGGUUUCCAAUGCUUCUUUGGUGGGUACGAUCUUUGGUCAAGUCACCAUUGGAAUUUUGUCUGACCGGUUGAGUCGUAAGAAAUCCAUUGUCAUUGCUACCUUGUUCUUGGUGUUCGGAACCAUUUUGUGUGCCGCCAGUAACGGUGUGACACUCAAUGGUAUGUUUUGGAUGUUGAUCAUUUUCAGAGGUGUGACCGGUUUUGGUAUCGGUGCAGAGUACCCUUCUUGCUCCGUUUCUGCCAAUGAGGCUGCCAACGAGGCAUGCAAGAGAAGAGGUCGUAUUUUCGUGUUGGUCACAAACUUGCCCCUCUCUUUUGGUGGUCCAUUCGCGCUUAUUGUGUUCUUGAUUGUGUAUCAAAUCACUGGCCUCAAAGCUUCUUUGUGGAGAACUAUGUUCGCUAUUGGUGCUGUUUGGCCGCUUUCUGUGUUCUACUUUAGAAUGAAGAUGGCCACAAGUGAGUUAUUCAAAAAGUCCGCCAUUAGAAAGAAUGUCCCAUACUGGUUAGCUCUCAAGUUUUACUGGAAAAGAUUAUUCGGAGUCUGUGCCUGUUGGUUCUUGUAUGACUUCGUCACCUUUCCAAACGGUAUUUUUGCUGGUACUAUCAUCAGUGGAGUUUUGAAGGGCGCUGCAAAGCACGACGUCGAGAAAAUUGCCGAAUGGAAUCUUUUGCUUGGUGUCCUUGCUAUCCCCGGUGUAAUCAUUGGUGCUUUCCUCUGUGACAGAAUCGGCAGAAAGUACACAUUGAUGGCUGGAUUCUGUGGUUACAUCGUCUUUGGCCUCAUUAUUGGAUUGACUUUCAACAAGGUCAAGAAUAUUACCGUUUUGUUCAUUUUCUUGUACGGUUUCAUGAUGUCGCUGGGUAACUUAGGUCCUGGAGACAUGAUGGGUUUGACCGCCUCUGAGUCUUUUGCCACUCCUAUCAGAGGCACUUUCUACGGUUUCUGUGCUGCCAUUGGUAAAGUCGGUGCUGUUGUCGGUACCAAAACUUUCACUCAUAUCCAAAGUCGGUUGGGCCAAAACUGGACCUUUAUUAUUGCCGCCAUCUGUGGUCUUUCUGGUGUUCUCGUUACUUUCUUCUUCAUUCCUCACUUGAGAGAUGAUGACUUGAUGGAAGAGGACAUCAAGUUCAUCAACUACUUGCGUGACAAUGGCUGGCACCACUCUUUCGGUACCGAAGAUGGUGUCACUGAAUCCUCAGGCAAUUCUGACGCCGAGGGCGAAGUUGAAAUUAUUCACAACCAACAGAAGAGCUAA